UCGCACUGUCAACGGCCAGCACGACGCAACGGCAAUGACAGCUCGAGAUUUUCUUAACAAUCAUGCCUGCCAAUUGCCAUCAAACCGAACCAAAACAAUUCGUACGAUGAGUAGCCAGAGUACGUUUUUCUACGAGCUGGUACGCAAAUCGGAGGAUGAGAUCACUUUAACGCUGAAUGAAACACCAUCUCUGCUGACCCAAACAGACGAGAGCGCUCGGUUGUUGAUCCACUGGGCAGCACUCAGUGGGCGGGAGCCGCUCGUUAAAAGCAUCCUCGAACACCACCCGGAACAGCUGAACGCGGAAGAUGAUUCGAAGUACACGCCCCUCAUACUGGCCACGCUCGGGGGACAUCUGCCGGUGGUGACGCUGCUAACGCUUCGCGGCGCUACCCUGGACAAUCGCAACUCGUUGGGCCAUUCCGCACUGCAGUAUGCCUGCUCGAAAGGGUUCGUACCGAUCGCCCGCUAUCUGGUGGAGCUCGGUGCGAACGUGAACAUACUGGACGGGCUGAAGGAAACGCCACUGCACCGGGCGGCGACCCGCGGCAUGGAGGAACUGAUCGUGCUGCUGCUCGAGCACGGUGCCAACCCAAACAUACCGAACAGCGUCGGCAAUACGCCGCUCCAUCUGGCGUGCGAGGAAGACCAGCGUUGCUGUGCGUUACGAUUGAUCAAAGGUGGCGCAUCGACGUUUGUGGAAAAUCGGGACGAAAAAACUCCGCUCGAUCUAGCGACACGUGCCACACGCACGGCACUUACAAACGCCGCAGAGGAGGUCGCCUCCUAGAAGGGGCACUACUGCAUAGAAAAAACAAAUCUUUUGAAGGGUCAUCGGUUCGGUUUUACAAUCGUGCGCCCAAAAGCUUAUCGGACGCGGUCAACGUGUUAAAAUAUAUUUUAUUAUACCUAAACGCUUUCUCAUUUCCGGUUGACGUUCGCUUUAAUUAAAUAUUCUAGUUAUUUGCUUGUAGAGGCGACUUUGACGGCUCCGCCUGCCUGGAGUUAGCAGUUUUCGACCUCGCCUUAGCUGGCGCCCUUUCCCUGGAGAGCCUGAACUUUUUUUUUCUCACAAUAAAAUGGUAAAACAUGAUCAAAAUAAA